AUGUCGCGACGCGAAGCAGAAGCCAAAGUGAAGGCAUGGGGAUUCCCCCACGUAUUCACCUGGACGGAUGGACCAAAUGCACACUACACUCCACAUACCCACAACGGCCUCACCACUCAUCUCAUCCUUGAUGGCGAGCUGACCAUCACCUACCCAGAGGAUGAUAAUCCUACCAAAGAGACGUUUGGCGUGGGCAGUCGGAUCGAUGUCGACGCUGGUCGCGUGCACGAAGUCUGGAUCGGCAAGGAUGGCUGCACCUACGUUAUCGGAGAAAUAAGCCAAAUCGCUUACCCCACACGCGGCCUCCAGUUGCCUUGCCGAAAGGCCUCCAAGAUCGCCUCGGACCAGACCUCCGCGCGCUACAACAUGCCGACGUUCGGCCGCCACCAGGACGCCGGCGGCGCGCUGCGCAAGCUUGUCAACAUGACCACCCUGAUGGUUCCGACCCAGGGCGGAUUCCACAAGCCGAAAGCCACCGAUCACAUCGACAGCGCCAUCGACAGCAACAUGACCAUCUGCCCGGGAUUCGAGAGCCACAUUGUUAGAAUAUUCAAGAACCUGUGCGGACCGGGCGAGGCGACUGUAUCCAGGGAGAGGUUUCAGGCUUUUCUGGAGGAUGUCCAAGGGGACGUUGUGACGAAGCCCCUAGAGAAAGAGACGUAUAAUCUGUACCAAUUCUUCGAGACGUGGUCGUACGUGUAUCGUAUGAAGCCGCAGACCAAGAUCGACCCGGCGGAGAAGGACCUGUCCAAACCUAUUAGCCACUACUUUAUCAGCAGUAGUCACAACACAUAUCUCCUUGGAAACCAGCUGACCUCUGUCAGUUCGGUCGAAGCAUACCAAACGGCGCUUGAACAGGAUUGCCGCUGUAUCGAGAUCGACGUGUGGAACAGUCCCGAAUACGCAUCAGGUCUGCGAACUCCAAGCAGGUCCAAGUCGCCGCGACCAGGCCACAAGAGACACCUGUCGGCCUCAUCGAUAUCGAGCGCAUUCGAAGAGCGACUUGAGUCUCUGAAACAAGUUUUCACGGGCAAGUCGUAUUCCAGUUCUCAGACGACGACCAACAGGACAAGGACACUCAAAGUCCCACCUUGCGACCGUCGAAACAGCAACAAUCUAGAAGUACCGUUAACGAGGAACAGUGACACGACAUUCACGACUGGCUCUAACACUGCUGUGGACGACCCAGAGGAUAAUGAUGUCCCCGAAAUCCAUACCCGCACGCGGUCACGGUCGCUCGCAAACCCAUCCAUGGAACCCGUCGUUAUGCACGCGCAUACUUACGCGCAGAGGGAUUGGACUUUGGGCAACUACGUUGGUUUCCGGGAUGUGUGUCGGACGAUACGCAAAACCGCCUUUGUCAAAAACCACCUGCCCAUCAUCAUCAGUCUUGAAGUGCACGCGGAUGUGCAGCAGCAAGACCUCAUGGUGGAAAUAAUGCAACAGGAAUGGGGAGAUCACCUUUUGCAAGAGCAGAUUUUUGGCUGUGACCCCAGAUUACGACUUCCGACUCUGGAGGAGCUCAAGGACAAGAUACUUAUCAAGGUUAAGAAGGCCUCGGUCGUCGCCAAUUCGAACGGCACUGCCGACUCUCUUGGCAUACCGCUCACGGCGCUCAUCAGAGGCUCUGCACCAGGCAGUAGCUCGGACGAGGAAGCAGGGGCGAAUUCGAACCGGCCCAAGAUCUCGACUCGGCUCAGCAACCUGGCAGUAUACACGCACAGCAAGCACUUUGCAGGAUUCGGCACCCGGGUGGCCAAGUCGCCGUCCCAUAUAUUUAGUUUGAGCGAGGGCAACAUCAAGCGCUGGGCCAAGGAGGACCCCGAGGGCAUGAAGUCGCAUAACAAGUCGUUCCUGAUGCGGGCGUACCCCGACCCGGUAUCGCGCGUCGACAGCGGCAAUAUGGACCCGGUGUUUUGCUGGCGUCGCGGCGUGCAGAUGGUCGCCAUGAACUGGCAAACGCUGGACGGCGAGAUGAUGAUUAACCAUGCCAUGUUUGCGGACCAGGCUGGGUGGGCACUUAAGCCGGCAGCGAUGCGCGGACUCCCUGACGACUCGUUCGGACCCAAGACGGUCGAGCUGCUGAGGAUAACGGCGUUUGCGGGACAAAAUAUACGACCGGUCGUGGGCGAGACGGUGAGCUCGUUCGACCCAUCGAUCAGUAUCAGUCUUUGCGUUGAGGGCCAGGACCCGAUCAAGCAUCACCUUCCUAGCCGGGAGACGAGCAACCCAGACUGGGGUCACGAGGGCAAGUCGGUCUGCUUCAAAGACGUGGCCAACGUCAUGGAGCGCUUCAGCUUCGUCAAAAUCAAGGUCGAGGACGACGGGGAGCUGUCCUCGUGGGCAUGCUACAGGCUCGACCGGCUGCGGCAGGGCUACAGGUUCGUGGAGCUGAUGGGGCCUAGGGGCGAGCGGACAGAGGGCAAGCUGCUUGUCAAGAUUGACAAGGUCAUCCGGUGA